AUGCAAACGGAAUCUGUAUACAGAUGGGUGUUGUUAGGAAUAUGUCCCACAAUCCUUAUACUGGGUAAUAUUAUAUACAUGGCUUACCUUGAUGGACCCAUUGCAGUUAACAAAGAUGGAUUUGUAAACAGAAUACUGGUAAAACGAGGUUGGUUUUGGACUACUGUUAUUGGGUGGCUGUGUAUAUUGAGGUAUGAUGCAAAGAGGCAAUGGAAGUCUAGUUUAAAAAGAUAUUUAAUAUUGACGCUUUGGUGGUAUGUGUUCACUCAGGGUAUUUUAUGGUUUGAUAUUCCGCCCAUCAUGGAUUUGAUUUUUAAAUACAGUGGCGGAUCUUGUAAUUUUGACAUCUAUGAUAGUGAUGGUAAUGUAAAUUUAAAGUUUCAGGAUUCUUGGAGGAGAAGGAUUAAAUCAUGGAGGAUGAUAUAUGACAAGGUCAAAGAUUAUCAAAAGAAUGGAAAGAAUCCGCUGGCGGUUGAUUCAAAAUUGAUGGAUUUUGUAACAGGGAGUAUUGAGAAGGCAAUUGAACACUAUUCGUACCACAUCAAGAGCAAUAUCAUGAUAAAGGAAAUUAGUCGACUUUUGUCUGACCUUAACAUCACCUACAGUACAGAGCAGAUAAAUGACUUUAUUAAGAACUUUAUUUCAAAUACUACAGUUGGUAACAGUUCUGGAGCAAAUUCAACAUUGGACAAUUCUUUUGCCUGUCGACUUAAUGGUGGAUAUUGGCAGGGUGGACAUGACCCAUCUGGGCAUAUUUUCUUAUUGACGUUAAUGAUCCUAUUUUUGGUAGGAGAAUCAAAACAAUUUAUCGUUGGUGCAGUCAUGCGGGUUGUCGAUACCAGAAAAUAUGUUAUGGAUAAAAUAAAAAAAAUUUGUAAUGAACCUAUGGCUAAUGCUUCUGUUUAUGAGAGAAGAGUACGCAAAUUGAUGCGAUGUCUCAGUUUUAGUGCGAGCUACAUAUUAUGGGAAAAUCCUGUUAUAUUAUUGCUUCUGCUACUGGCUAUUUGGGUAUGGAACUUUGUCAUUACCGUUAUUGUCUUUCAUACUUUGACUGAGCAGCUCAGUGGUUUAUUCUUUGCAUAUGUUGUUGGAGCACUUCUAUACUACGAUUAUUAA